AUGUCAUAUCUAUCUAUCUAUCUAUCUAUCUAUCUAUCUAUCUUAUUGAAUACUAUAUCUAUCAUCUAUCUAUCUAUCUAUCUAUCUAUCUCUUCACGUAUAUUAUCUCUUUUUUCAUAUAUAUCUGUCUAUCUAUAUAUCUAUCUCUAUAUCUAUCUAUCUAUCUAUCUAUCUCGUUUAUCAGGUAAGGAAAACCAUCAUCAUCAUCAUAUUAUCCACCCCCUUCCCAUACUACAUCAUCCUCAUCAUCACCAUUCAUCCAAACCAUCACUUCAUCAUCCACCCAUCCAUUCAUCAUCACCCCAUUUCACCCAAUCCUAUCUAUUUCAUUCCAUCAUCAUAUCCAUUCCCCUUCAAUCCAUCCAUCAUCCAAACCCCUCCUCACAUCAUCCAUCCCUUUAUCAUCAUUUCCCCUUUUUAUCCAUUUUUAAAACACCUAUCAUUAUAUAUUCAUCAUCUAUCCACCACAUCCUUUUUUCCUUUUAUUAUAUCUCCACCAAUUUUAUCAUCAUUCCCUUACAUUAUUUCCCCCCUUUUUUCUAUCUAUCCCAUUCACUUCAUCAUCUAUUAUCAUCAUCUAUCUCUUCCUUUAUAUUUACUAUCUAUCAUUAUUAUUAUUUUCAUUCACUUCUAUCAUCUAUCUAUCUAUCUUCUAUCUAUUUUUCUAUCUAUUCAUUCCUUUAUCUUCUAUAUCUAUCUAUUAUCUAUUAUACUAUCUAUCUAUCUCUAUAUUAUCCAAUUAAUUAUUCAUAA